UCUUCCAAAACAGAAGUUGUCCGAGCAAAAUGUAUCUAAUAUUCGUAAUUCCGUUCUUGUGCGGUUUGAUGGCGUUUGCCUCGAAGAUUACAAAGAAGAUAGUACCACUCUUUUCCCGCGACAGUCCUGAAGUGCAAGUGCUCAGGUCCGAGAUUGCUGCGUUACGAGCUGACCUCUCUCAAAUAUCAAUGCGCGAUGAAUAUAUAAAAUACGUGAAGUGCGAACGAGCGGUCGUGGCAAUGGAAACGAAAUUAAAUGAGGCCAAAGGACGCGAUAACGUGAAGCGCGUGAUGUACGAAUAUGGCAUCCACUACGGAUCGAUGACCGUACUCGCAUUGGUGUUGAUGUCCAUCUCUUUCUCGUACCGCUACGCUUCCAUUAUCGUUUUCGGCGACAAUUUCAACUUCGAUCCGUUCGGUCGUCUGAUAAAUUUUCCGACCAAAGUGCCCAACUCUAUUUCGGUCGUGUUUUGGAUAGUGGUUAACAACUUUGUGGCCCGGACAGUGGCUGGCUAUGUGAAAUAAAUACAUCUGCUAUUAGC